AUGCCGGGGAACAAUAGCACUGUUGAGGGGCGUGACGGCGCUGCUGGCGGCGGCGGCGGGAACAAUAAAGCAUCAUUGAGGGGCGCUGGGCACGAAAUGGCGGCGGAGCGGCGGCGGCCGGAGCUGGAGGGGAACACGGACACGGACACGGACACGGAGACCGGCAGCGCUGGGCUAGAGGGAGAGGACUUCUUCAUCGGCAGCAUCAGUCCUUUAGAUAUGGAUUCCUCAAAGACAUUCAGCAGCAACUCCAAGACAAAUGGAAUACAUUCCGAUGAUGAAGAGCAAGAUAUUUUUGCAGAAGCCACUGUGGAGUUAUCCCUGGAUGGCCUUCCAAAUGACAAGAGCAAGCCGUCCACUACAGGGCCAUCAAUAAAGUCUCCACCCAGCGCUGUUCUGCAAUCCAAGAGCAAAGUCAGUCAAGAGCUGUUUGAAGAAGAAACGGAGGAAGACGAGGAUCAAUUUGAUUUGAAGGUUACAGUGACUGAGCCAGAGAAAGUGGGUGACGGCAUGGGUGCAUAUAUGGCAUAUAAAGUGUCCACGCUGACCAGCUUAACAAUGUUCAAGAGGAGAGACUUCAGUGUAAGGCGAAGAUUUAGUGAUUUUCUAGGACUAUACGACAGACUUUCAGAAAAACAUUCUCAAAAUGGCUUCAUAGUGCCUCCACCUCCCGAGAAGAGUUUAAUAGGAAUGACCAAAGUGAAAGUUGGGAAGGAAGAUUCCUCCUCGGCCGAGUUCCUGGAACGGAGGCGAGCUGCGUUGGAACGAUAUCUACAGAGGAUUGUCAAGCACCCCACGUUAUUACUCGACCCCCACGUCAGGGAGUUCUUGGAAAAAGAUGAGUUGCCGCGGGCAGUAAACACACAGGCUCUGAGUGGGGCCAGCCUGCUUCGCAUGGUCAACAAGGCUGCUGAUGCUGUCAGUAAGAUGACCAUAAAGAUGAAUGAGUCAGACAUAUGGUUUGAAGAGAAGUUUCAGGAGAUUGAGAAUGAAGACUUGCAGUUACGUAAACUCCACGCUGUUGUUGAAACCCUCGUCAACCACAGGAAAGAGCUGGCGGUGAACACGGGUGUGUUUGCGAAGAGUGCAGCCAUGCUGGGCAGCUCGGAGGACCACACGGCCUUGUCCCGCGCGCUGUCACAGCUGGCGGAGGUGGAGGAGAAAAUCGAGCAGCUUUACCAGGAGCAAGCCAACAACGACUUCUUCCUGCUGGCCGAACUGCUCAGUGACUACAUCCGGCUCAUCUCAGCAGUCAGGGGCGUGUUUGACCAGCGUGUGAAGACGUGGCAGCGGUGGCAAGAUGUACAGACUAUGCUGCAGAAAAAACGAGAGAAUGAAGCUCGUCUCAUCUGGGCCAACAAACCAGAGAAGCUGCAACAGGCCAAGGACGAGAUUACAGAGUGGGAGCCCAAAGUUCUGCAGUGUGAGCGAGAGUUUGAGCAGAUCUCCACCAACAUUCGAAAGGAAGUUGCUCGCUUUGAGGUCGAGAGAAUUAAAGACUUCAAAAGCCGGGUUAUUGUGUAUUUAGAAACUCUUCAGAAUUCCCAGCAACAGCUCAUUAAAUACUGGGAAGCCUUUCUACCAGAAGCAAAAGCCAUUGCAUAACAACAGGAGUGGACACUUACUGCAUUUUAUACAUUAUCUCCAGCCUAUGUGAAGCUGCAACCUCACCUAUAAAAGGAACGGCAUCUUCAUGGUUGCAGUUCUUUCUUGCUCUUCAUGUGAUAAACCUUAUAGUAUCUUUAGUUUGCAUAUACUUUCUUAUUUGAUGGGGCAUCAGAUUAGUUGUCCAAGAUGUGAGUUUGGGAGGGGGGAAGGAGGUGGUGAAUGGGGCGUUGUCAGUGUUCACGGCGCCUCUCUCUCCUGAUGACCAGCUCCGCACGCUCCCCACCCUUGCUGAUCUAGCCCGAGAGUUGCCAAGCUGUCUGUCCUGCCUGAUUGCUGCAGCUCUGAGUGUGGCCCCAGAGACCAGAGACCAGUGGCCAGGGCAACCUUCUCCCCCCCUGCUAAAGCAAGGAUCGCCCGUUACCCUGGGAGCUCCAGGCUGCACGGACCCGUCUCCAAAGCCGCCCCAGAUAACCAGCUCAUGAAUCGCAAACCGUCAAACAAAUGCCUCUUUGAUUCUGAUCCUAGGCAUUGGACAGUUACAAUUCUUGUGCUACUGGGUGAAUGAGAUGAAUAUUGCAGUGUCUGAGCUGUGUUCUGGGCAUGGACAAAGAGUUGUCGGAGCUUUGUAAAUGCAAGCUGCAGAUGUUAGUCCCACCCAGCCUGAGAACAGUCGCCCUGUCUGUGUGCCUCUUGUAGAGAUGGUUGAUAAAUGCCAAAGCAAAUAGACUUGCCAUGGCUGCAGUGGGUCCACAAAUAGUUCAACAUCCUGCCUGCGGUGAGUGGGAUUAUUUUGUUUCUACCCUGUGAUGGUGGAAACUCUACAGUUCCCCUGUUUGUAAAAUCUGGUGUUUAAGACAGAGCUUGCUUUCUUUGCAAGUUACCAGAGUGCAUUUUUACUGUGACAUGGGGCAAAGUUAGAAUAGAUGUUGAUAGGGGGAUAUCACACGCAUCCUGGUGAAGUGCCACAUCCAAGCUCCUGCCUCCAUUGUCAUUAGUCCCUCUAGCCACUAACUACACUGUUCAUGUGCCUUGAUGCUGUGACUCAACAAACCAGUAACCUGACAACAAGGGCAGACAAAGAAAGAGGUGGCAAGAUACUAAAGCACUGUUUACAUUCCUUUUGCCACGCACCCUGGCAGGGUUACCUGGUCUUGUAUUCUCUGUUUACAGGUACUGUUGUCCAAGUGCACAGUCAGAAUCUGCACAUUAUGCACUAAAAUCAUUGACUUUUGUUUCAUGUCAUUCCGGAGGAUCCGAGAUCUUCCCUUUGAGUUCUCACUUCCUUGUCUCUUUUUGUCACUUUUACUUUCACAAUAAAUUCAUAAUUUACUGGA